CCUCUCUGGCUUGAGCUCAGCCAUGUUUAGGGCAGAAAAGAAGAGCCCAACUCUGGCAUCAGGGUGGCCUUGGCAACCCUCGUCUGGGAUGGGGGCUCACACCCUGGGUGGAUGCUGGGUGGAACCCGAAGUCUUGGCCUAGGUGCGGCAGGCGGGCCAGGAGUGGCCCAGCAGGUGGGGUGGGGGCUGGGAGUCACUCCUGCCCAGUGCCAGGCCCCUAGCAGGGAUACGCCCCACCCUGGGACGGGUGAGGCUCACAGGGAGGGGCCACGACCACCUCAUCCUGCCAGCAAGGGGCUCCCCGGGGAGCCCGGGACAAGAGCUGCCUCCCCAUCAUGGCGGGUCAAACAAUGAAGGAGAUGCAGGGACACACUGCCACCAAGCUAUUGUUCAAGGGAGAGAAAGAGGGAAGGCCUGGGAGACCAGCCCCCCUUGUCCUGGGCCUGCGGGCACUCAGGGACCCCCCUGCUGAGGCUCGAGCCCCUUCAGGCCUGUCUACCCCUCCUGGAGCUCAGCUAGGACCAGCCUUACCUGUCCCCUGCUCGUAGGACCAGAGGGAGAGAGCAUUAUGCGGGUGGGGUGUGGGGUUCCCUGGGCGCAGGGCCAGGGAGCCCGGUGUUUGGGGAAGGCUCCCCGUGGGUCUGGGGGAGCCGGAAGCCUGCAGUAACUUUGCUGUUCCAUGGUUGGUGUUACUGAGACUCAGUCUGUCUGCACUCUGGGAAAGGGGGCAGGGGAGCUCUGUGGGCCCCCUCUGUGCCCACCCAUCUCAGACACUGGGGAGGGCUCUGGUGGUCCUCUGUGCUCCCUCCUCCAACUCCCACCCUAUCUCUAGCAGUGGUGGGGCCUUCACUGGCUCUGGCAGCUGGGGUGGUUCUAAGAAUGGAAAUGCCUCGAGAGUGUCAGGCACCAGGAGGAGGUGGGGAGGAGGUGGGCGCAGCAGUGUCUGUGGCUCGGGAAGUCCUGAGGAGUGUUUGUUGUGCCUCGGGGGCCAGAGAAAGGGAGUGGAAGGGCCCCUUCCUUGGGGAUCCCCCAGGGAAUCCCCAGGCCCCAUCUGGACGAAGUCAGGGGACAGGGCAGGCAGGCAGGGAGCUGGUCUUGUCCCCCUGACCCGGACCUCCACUGAGGCUGUGCCUUACCGAUGGGGAAACUGAGGCCUUCUGGGGGCAACGAGCCCAUCAGGCACCAGGCUGUGGGGUGCCAGCUCUGUCUGUCCUCCUGGAGAUGCCCUGGGCCCGAGAUGUCAGCCUGUCUAGGCAGGAAGUGGGCCGAGGGGCCAUGUCUAAAUUGGAGCCGGGGGUGGAGGCUGGGUGGGACUCAGUCCCAAGGCCCCUCGCAGGUCUGCGUGGUGGAGGGCUGGGGCCAGCGCAGAGGCUUUCUCAGAGCCAGGGCUGGGGGCGGGCUGGGGAGCUGGGGCCUGUGGCUCCCCCCCCUCUCGGAUGAAAGGCUCCCCUGUUCCCAGCAGCGGGCCCACCCCUCCUCCCCAGGUGCCAGCGGCCUCCAGGCCACACAGCAGCAGCAUGAGCCUAGACAGGGGGACAGAGGCCCCUUAAGCGGGGAGCCAAGAAGGGAGGGCCUAGGUGGGGGAGAACUGUGGGGCCUCCCGUUCCCACUGACGCACAGUCCAGGGACACGUCUCUUUGGAUCCCCAGCUCCUUUGCAGGCCUCCCUUGCCACCGGGCUGUUGCUGGCUUGUUCAGAUUCUGGUGGGUCCUGCGGGUAGGGUCAGUGAGGAAGGGUUUGGGGGCUCAGGAGACCCCUGUGGUCACUGGAGUGGCCGCACAGGUGUGAGGGCUGAGCUGGCUGGAGCCCUACAGGCCCUGUGUUGCCCAGUCCUGUAAGUGAGAGCAGGGUGGAAGCUCAGAGGGAGUGUCCCCCUUAGGGGGAAGGGUUCACUCCAGCACCCCCUACCUCUGCUGGCAGCGGCUGUCUGGGGGCAGAGGUGGCAGCGCAGGGCUGGCCGGCGGGUUUGUGGAGCUACGCACUGGCCACAGCUUCCAAGUUUGCAGAGGUGGGGGUAGGGGUUGGGCAUCUAGUGCUCUGAUCGCUCCCUUCCCCAAACGUAAGCCUCCGCGGGCCUGGGUGGGGAGGUGGGCUCUGCCCUCGCAGGUUCCCAACUUCUCUCGGCGGCCACGGCGGUAAGAAUUCUCCAGACACACGCGCACACACGCGAGGGGCGGGCCGUGCAUCGGUGGGUAGCUGGGGGCGCCUCUGUGACACCGCCGCGGGAGAGUAGGGGGACCGGGCGGGCUCCCGCGGGCGCACGCGUGGAUGGGGGCGUACUCGGGCGCCCUCUGGCAGGCGGGACGCGGCAGCGCAGACCCGGCCGUGGACCCGGUCCCCCGCCCACCCGGCUGUGUAGUCGCUGGACUGACGGCCUGAGCCGCGCCGCUCCGCGCGCAGCCGCCCGCCAGCCCGCCGAGCUGGGCCCUGCCCUCCUCAGCUCCGUGACUCCGCCCGCGCGGCCCAAUUUCCAGGCGACUGUCUCCCGGAGACCGCGCGCUCCUCUCCGGCGCGAGGGCCCGCCUGUGCCAGGGGCAGGCCCGCCUAGGGCCGGCGAGCGGCUUGGUGGCCUCGGGGUCCCGGCAUCGCGUGAGCGCCGCCCCUCCGGGCUUCGGUUCCCGCGUCCGUAACCCGUAACCCGGGGGCGAGAACAGGGCCUCGGGGCCGCACAGCGCGCGAGCCCCUGGCGCACAGCUACGCCGGGUGGGCCUGACGCACUCUGGGCCCCAGCGCAGCGGGCAAGGUCCCGGGGUCGCUGCGAUGGACUCGCUGGCGGCACCCCAGGACCGCCUGGUGGAGCAGCUGCUGUCGCCGCGGACCCAGGCCCAGAGGCGGCUCAAGGUGUGUGUGGAGAGGGGAGCGGAAGGUGGGUCAGCUGUGCGCCCGCCCCCCGCGCACGGACUGGGGAUGCGACGGGAGCCGCAGGGCCGGGGUCCUGGGGUGGGCGCCGGAGGCCGCGGGAGGCUGGGCGCCGCUGUCUAUAAAUAGCCCCUGCUCCGCCGUCGCCGCAGCCAGCCACCCCCGCGGCUGGAUCGGGGCCAGACGGGGCCUCCCACCCCUUACACUCGGGAGGGGACAUCGACAAGCAGUACGUGGGCUUCGCCACACUGCCCAAUCAGGUGCACCGCAAGUCUGUGAAGAAGGGCUUCGACUUCACGCUCAUGGUGGCGGGGGAGUCGGGCCUGGGGAAGUCCACACUGGUCCACAGCCUCUUCCUGACUGACUUGUACAAGGAACGGAAGCUGCUCAGUGCUGAGGAGCGCAUCAGCCAGACGGUCGAGAUCCUGAAGCACACGGUGGACAUUGAGGAGAAGGGGGUCAAGCUGAAGCUCACCAUUGUGGACACACCAGGCUUCGGGGAUGCCGUCAACAACUCUGAGUGCUGGAAGCCCAUCACCGACUACGUGGACCAGCAGUUUGAGCAGUAUUUCCGGGACGAGAGUGGCCUCAACCGCAAGAACAUCCAGGACAACCGUGUGCACUGCUGCUUGUACUUCAUUUCCCCUUUUGGGCACGGGCUGCGGCCAGUGGACGUGGGCUUCAUGAAAGCCCUGCACGAGAAGGUGAACAUCGUGCCCCUCAUUGCCAAAGCCGACUGUCUCGUCCCCGGUGAGAUCCGGAAGCUGAAGGAGCGGAUCCGGGAGGAGAUAGACAAGUUUGGGAUCCACGUUUACCAGUUUCCUGAGUGUGACUCGGACGAGGACGAGGAGUUUAAGCAGCAGGACCGGGAACUGAAGGAGAGCGCACCCUUCGCUGUCAUCGGCAGCAACACGGUGGUGGAGGCCAAGGGGCAGCGGGUCCGGGGGCGUCUGUACCCCUGGGGGAUCGUGGAGGUGGAGAACCAGGCACACUGCGACUUCGUGAAGCUUCGCAACAUGCUCAUCCGUACACACAUGCAUGACCUCAAGGACGUGACAUGCGACGUGCACUACGAGAACUACCGAGCGCACUGCAUCCAGCAGAUGACCAGCAAACUGACGCAGGACAGCCGCAUGGAGAGCCCCAUCCCCAUCCUGCCACUGCCAACCCCCGAUGCUGAGACGGAGAAGCUCAUCAGGAUGAAGGAUGAGGAGCUAAGGCGCAUGCAGGAGAUGCUGCAGAAAAUGAAGCAGCAAAUGCAGGACCAGUGACCCCACCACAGCCCCACUUUUCCAUGGAUAUACUGCCAGUUUCCAGGCUGGCCCUUCCCACCCCUGGACCCCGACUGGCCUGGACUCGACACCGGAUUCAUCUGGAUCGCUAACAGGCCUGGACACAACCCCAAUUGCAGAGUGGCCCAGACCUGGACUUUUUCCUACUGUUCCUGAACUGACCCAGAGACGCGGGGUCGCAGCCCCCAGCCAGCCCUAAUUUAUUCUCAGCAUCAGCCCCUCCCGUCAUUUGUGUCUGCUUCCAAGGGGCCUGGACAAUGGCCCCCACAGCCAGCCCUCUCUGGCCUUGGGGGAGCAGGAGCUAAGUUGAGUGGUGACUUCUGAGAUCUCCCCCCAACCCAGAAGGUCACAGCACUUAGAUUCCAGGCCCUACUCAGAUGGGCAGGUAAACCAAGGCAGAAUAGGGGAGCAGGUCCGCAGGAUCCUGGGCCUAUUCCCUGCCCAGGGCUGCAGAGUGAACUUGGGAGCCCUCACUUUGUGCUGAGGUGGGCCAGGUCCUUCUUACCUCCUCACCCACUCACCAGGUAGCUCAGCGGGCAGGUUGGACAGCCGAAGCAAUUAGGAUUCCUCCAGACCUUAGGAGGCCAGCUGGCUGCUGGGGAGGAAUAAUGGGGCUGCCUACGCCCCUCCCCCACGGCCAUGGCCCGGCUCCAGGAGCAGUGGGUGGUGGGCAAACUGGCAACCCCCAUCCCUGGACCACCCUUCCCUGUUGGUCGCUGGAGGCCUGUUCCCCGCAGCAGCACUGUUGCCCCGGGUUCCUGAGCCCCUGGUCCCCCAUCCCUCCACCCGCAUGAUCCCUGCCCCCAAGCCCCAUUCUCCAGUUUGUUCAGUUGUGAAUGCUGCGUCCUGUCCUGGUGACGGGAGAACAAUGUUGGUGAACGUCGAA